CUAAAACAUGAAACAGAUAAAAGUAUCACAGAUAGAACUAAAAGGCAAACGAAAAAAGCCAAUGUCUUUUCAAAGGCGUAACCGUAUAGAAGCAAAGAUAUACCAAAAAGCACCAUGAAAUGAGAAAAGUAGGCGCGUGAAAAGACGUGACAGCGUGAUUUUUUUUUUUUUUUCCAUGUCCUUUCUUCCUCAACAUUUACAAAGGAAAAUACAAUGUCCAUUAAAAGAAGCACACAGUCAGACCCUAAUCUAGCAAGAAAAAAAAUUAAUGUUCGAGGACCACCCAAUAAUUCGGAAGUGACACAUUUUCCUGUAGAGCGACCUACUCCACCCGAUUCCUUAUUGUCAUUGAGAGAAGGAUUAUUUGACGACAUUCAAGAAUCGCUUGAUGAGCUUAACGGAACGCUUAACAAACAAAAAGUUGAAGUACAACCGGGAAGACAUAGCAUUGACCAAAAAUAUAUAAAGGAACCCGAAGUUCAACGCAAAUACUGUGCCACCAUAAAAGCAUAUUUAAGGGAAACUGAUUAUGACGGUAUAGAGCCUGCUACGUCGCGUAGUGUAUCCUCACUGGAAUUUCAAGCGGUUUUCAAGUUUCUUAUCGGUCGUAUUUUACCAAAUCAUGUAUUUGCGAAGAAAUUUGAAGAUGAAGUAUUGGAACUGCUGCGAGACCUCAAAUGUCCCUUGCUGAGUAUGAUUACUCCCGCUACACUAAGAUCUAUUGGUACUUUACAUGCGCAUCCAACGUUUUUUGCGCUAUUGUUUUGGUUGACAGAGUGCAGUCGACAAGUGGAUUUAACAACAGAGACCAUUAGAGAACAGGAAAGAAUAGAACAUCCAAUGCAAAUAUUUCGUCAAUAUAGUAUUGGUGCUUAUCAUAAACAUCAAUCGGGAAACGAGGAUCUUAGUGAAUUAAACGAAAAGUUGCGCAAAGACUGUGACAAUCUUCUUAGUCUUCGUCGAGAUGAAAUAGAAGCACUUGUAUCCGAAGUUGCUGCAUUUAAAACGAAGAUUGAAGAAGCAAGUAAAGCAACAUCGCGAUUAGAGGAUUUAAACAGGCAAAACGUCAUUUUACACGAGGACGUCCAAAAAUACAAAGAUUAUAUUGUGCGUACAAAAGAUAGAUCAAAUCAGUAUAAAACGAUGAAUAGUCGACUUGAGGAUGAACUCGAAGAUUUACAGAUCGCUUUACGCAACACACAAAAUGAGAUUAAGGAUAUUGAAGAUAAGUGGGCAGCAAGAAAUAUCAUAUUGGAAAAGGUCAUCCAAACAAACGAAGGCCUGGAAAAAUUUAGAAGCGAUUUUACGGCUGUUACACAAAAGUUUGAAGAGACAAAUAAGGAGGAUGAAUCAGUUCAAAAAGACUAUAAAAAGCAUAUAAGUGAGAUUGAACGCAAGGUAGCAGAAUUCAACAUUAUAACAGGUGAAGAAUCAAUAAUUCUCAACCGAGAUUAUAUGGAUACAAACGAUACAAACUGGGGCAGCGAAAAUUUGUCUCGCUUGGCAGCAAAAAAAGAGAAGUUUAAAGCUGAAAUCUUGCAACUUGUACAGGAUACAACACAGUCAAGAGUAACAUUAAGCGAGAUGAUUGGAAUGAACAAAAAGAGACAGUCCGCAAUUAAAGAGGACGAAGAAGAAUUCGAAAGAAAGAAAAAGAUACUUGAAGAAGCGUACAAGUCCCUGGAGUUAAAGCAAGCUCGCUUCAAACAACAAGAUGAAUUAAUUACUACACGUCGUCGAGAACUUGUAGCUGCUGCAAAAGCGUCAUUUAAUGAAGCAGAAGGCAGGCUGGUCACAAUUAGAUUAGACCUGACAGCAACAAAAGAUAAGGUUGAGAAAGUUGAAACGGAAAUAAAUAAAAAACUCCAAGAAAUAAACGAAACUAUCCCAGAGAAACUCGAGGAUGUGAAGAAAAAACAGGUGAGCCACGAAGAAAAGAUGAUUGCUUUGGUUCAAGAUGCUGCGAAUAGACUGAAUUUAGAAUAAUCUGAAAAUAUACAAUAAAAUCCACUCAGACU